AUGGUCCAGAUACAAGAAAGAAACUUAUCCGAAUUAAAUGAAAAUGGAUGUUCCAGAGAAGGAGACUCAGAUAAGAAUGUAAGUUCCUCUGAUUCAGAAGCCGAUGAUGACGUAUUAUCUGUGUUUGAUGAGAUGGAUUUAGAGGACUAUGAAGAGGAAGAUGACUUCUGUAAUAUUUUCUCGCCUACCUCCUGGGCAAGUGAAAUGAUAUCUACUAGCGACGUGACAGAGGAGGAACUAGACGAACUGAUCAGUAAUAUGCAAGAAGUCCCUUCGAAGAAUGAAAUUAUUAAAAUGUGGAAGCGCGCAUAUGCUUUAGAGGUACAAACCAUGUCCAAAAUGCUCAUUUCUCUAUUUGAAUAUUACGAAGAGUUAAAACAAAAACAUCGGGUAAGGGAAAAACUUGCUUUCACUCAUUGGGAUAGUGUCAUGUGCAGUUGUUUUGACGUACUAGCAAAGAGGGAGGAAGAAUACAGUAAACUUUUCAACGGCUUCAUCAUGAAAGAUGAGUUGACAAAACAGGAAUUAGUGAAUUUCUUGAACAAUUGCAAGAAGGAGGCUGCUGAAUUUAGGGAAUCUUUAGAGACCUUUGCGAAAAAAGAAUUCGAUGGAAGAAUUAUUCCAAGAAGGGGCGACUAA